UGUAGGGGUACGAGGGUGUAUGGGAAUGAGGUAAAACCGGAAAAGAUGAAGGCCCAAUCCAAGUGUUCAAAAACCCUAAUCAUAUAAACUCUUACAUCUCCCAUUUUCCUGCUUUAGCCUCAGAGUUCAUAUAAGCGGUCGCUGCGAAAUCCCAAUCCAGCCAAAUAUGAAGAUCAUCGCGGCGUAUUUGUUGGCCGUUUUGGGAGGUAACACAGCCCCUUCCGCCGUCGAUGUCAAACGCAUCCUAGGCUCAGUUGGAGUUGAGGGAGAAGAUGAGCAGAUUGAGUUGCUGUUGAGGGAAGUCAAAGGAAAAGAUUUUGCUGAGCUAAUUGCCAGUGGAAGAGAGAAAUUGUCUUCAGUUCCUUCUGGUGGAGGUGCUGUAGCUGUUUCUGCUGUAUCUGGUGGCGGUGCUGCAGCCGCUGCACCUCCUGCCAAAGCAAAAGAAGAAAAGAAGGUUGAAGAAAAGGAAGAGUCUGAUGAUGAUAUGGGCUUCAGUUUGUUUGACUAGAAGAGUUGAAACACAAGAUUUUGUUUAUUGUAUUGGGUUUUGUUGGUUUUGUAUUUUCAAUUUUGACAAUGUGAAUGGAUCAAAAUGCUUUUUAUGAUUUCCUUGACCUAUUGGUUUUUAA